CCACAUAGUCAUCAACCACAGUUUAGAAGCGAUCUUCUAGGGCCAGGCUGCCCAAGGCUCCGCCCGCGGUCCCGGCCACGCCUCCGGGAACGGUCGCUGACCUCUCCAGCGGAUACACUCGCCUCCACCAACCACCUGCGGAAGGAACUCGCGUCAGCCUCUCGCGGGAUCUAGGCCUCUUUGGUGAGAUUUCGGUAACACAGCAAGACAGUUUCACGCGAGAAGUUGAGCCGGAAAAGGACCGGUUUAGGAAUGAAUUCCGGCGAAUUCCGGAAGUUAGAGUGUACUUUUUGCUUCCGGGACGAGCGUGAGAUGUUGGGUGCUGUAGAUUCCUUGUCUGUCUGGUAGCUCCUGGCGGGAUGAUGCUGACCCGGCUGAAAGCAAACUCAGAGGGGAAGCUUGCAAAACAAAUUUGCAAAGUUGUGUUGGAUCAUUUUGAAAAACAGUAUUCCAGAGAACUUGGAGAUGCUUGGAGUACGACAAGGGAUAUACUGACAUCCCCAUCAUGCUGGCAAUAUGCUGUCCUGUUCAACCGAUUCAAUUAUCCUUUUGAACUGGAAAAGGAUUUACAUUUGAAGGGCUAUCACACACUCUUUCAAGGAUCUUUACCCUAUUGUCCUGAAUCAGUGAAGUGUUACCUUAGCAGAACUCCAGACCGAAUGCCUUCUGAAAGACACCAAAUGGGAAUCCUGAAAAAAUACUACCUCCUAAAUGCUGCCUCUCUUCUCCCAGUUCUGGCUCUGGAAUUAAGAGAUGGGGAGAAGGUGCUGGAUCUGUGUGCUGCUCCUGGAGGCAAGUCGGUAGCUCUGCUGCAGUGUGCUUACCCAGGUUAUCUUCAUUGUAAUGAAUCCGAUAGUCUGAGAUCAAGGUGGCUCAGGCAGACGCUGGAGUCUUUCAUCCCACAGCCUGUGGUAAAUGUAAUUAAAGUAUCUGAAUUGGAUGGCAGAGAAAUGGGAGAUGCCCAGCCUGAAAUAUUUGACAAGGUGUUAGUUGAUGCUCCAUGCUCAAACGAUCGAAGUUGGUUGUUCUCUUCUGAUUCUCAGAAGGCAGCCUGUAGAAUAAGCCAAAGGAGGAAGUUGCCUCUUCUGCAGAUAGAACUCUUAAGAUCUGCAGUUAAGGCCCUACGUCCUGGAGGGUUACUUGUUUACUCUACAUGCACACUUUCCAAGGCAGAAAAUCAAGAUGUGAUUAGUGAAAUUUUAAACUCCUACAGUAACAUCAUGCCUGUGGACAUUAAAGGAAUGGCACAGACUUGUUCCCAAGACUUCACAUUUGCUCACACUGGCCAGGAAUGUGGGCUCUUGGUAAUUCCAGAUAAAGGCAAAGCCUGGGGCCCUAUGUAUGUAGCUAAAUUGAAAAAACUGUGUACCGUGUGAAGUUGGCAAUAUGCAUUUCGUAAACCAUGUUAAUGUAUCAUUAUAUUUAUUUUUAUGAGCUCUCUGUAUGAAUAUUUAAAUAACUGCAGUCACUUUUGGAAUUCUAUUUAGUAAAUACUUCAGCAUCUCAGAAUCUGGGCUUGAGAAUUUCUCAGGUGUAUUUUUUUUUCCUAAGGUGGUGCAGAUGGUGUUUGUUCUGUACAGUAAAUCUGCUGUCUUUUACUUGGCAUAUUCUCGUUAAAUUAAUCAGAAUACAUGAUUUUUCUGCAUAAAAUGUUUAGAAAGAUAUUCUAGCCACUGAGGGUUAGUUCUUUGAACCUUUAAAAAUUUGCUGGCCCUCUUACCAUUUUCCUCAUCAAAUAUACAGAUUUUUAGGAUUCCUCCCCCACCCCCCCUGCCCUUUUUUAAGAACUGAUUGGUAUUCUGAGACUAACUCCUUAAGCAGCACGAUUUCGAGUCCUAGCAAAAUAGAUUUCUUAUUUACCAAGUUGUUUUCUGUUAAGGACUAUCUUCUGUUUAUUGCAAAGGUCAGUGACUUGACAUCAGCUAAAUUUCCCCCCCUUUUUUUGCAUUCACAAAUACAAAUUGAAAGGGUAAAUUAUUUUGAAAGGCCAUUAAAACAGCAGAUUGACAUGCACAUGUUUGACUUUCGACAUUCAGUUUAUAGAAUACUAGAGUCUAUCCAGCAGGCUAUGAAGCAAGUACUGGAAACAAAACCAUAAUGAUUAAUAACUGUAAUAAUGGGACUAUAUUUGGAGAGUUUUCUUACAUAGUUGCAGUCAUAAUGAGCAGUACAGAACCUGAUUAUCUUACAGUUGCAAUCUGAAGGGGCUUUUUAUGUCACUUCAUUAUGAAAUGUUAUGUGAGAGUAUGAUGUCCUAUAUUAAUGCUCAAGAGGGAGAUGCCUAAUGAGAGUGGAUUAUACUACUACCAAACCCCAGUAGCUUUUCAAUACCAUUUACUAAGUGGCUCUCCCUGUUUACGUAUACCCUGGGAAUAUUGUGUACACUUCUGUAUAUGUACUCGGGGUUUUAGCUUCAAGUUUGCAUCAUGUGUUUUCUUUCUCCAGAAACUGCCUCACUUAGAGUCCAAACAUAUUUUUCUAACUAUUAAGAAAAAUUAUGUAGCAUAUUCUAAAAGAUUAUAUCUAUUGGGAAUUUAGCUUCUUUAAACUUAAUAUUUCUGAUGAUAGGAAUACAAAAUUCUGCUGCAGCUGAAUCUUAUUCAGUUGUUCAUUACAUUCCGUGCAUUUAAACUAGAAACUAUUUGCUCAUUAACUGUUUUUUGCUUUGCAAGCAUAUAUAUCUGGGUUCAUGUAACUGGGAAGUCCUAGGAAGAACCUUUUUUCCAUACCUUCCUUGCACUGGCAAUUUUUUUUCCCUUUUAUAUCUAAUUGAUAUGUUUAAAGUAAAGAUAGAUCUCAUGUACCCAAUCCACUUAUCAGAUAUGCUGGGUUAAUACAGAAGAUUAAUGAUGAUGGAAAUGAUGUUUUUUUUCUUAGUUUAUGUUCCUUGGCUUGUUUUCAAUUUGAAAUCCUACCUUAAGAUACUAUAGGUUUAUAAGGUGGGAUUAUUCAGUGUGGGUUAAUCACAAACUUUCACAGGGUACUUUGUUGCAUGUCAUUAUUUUCCCAAUAAAAUGUCAUGAAGUCUAAGAUUAAACUUUCCCAUAAGUACUGAAAAAUGCAAAUAUAUAUGUAUAUAUAGCUCACUUUAUUAUUAAUAAUUGUAAUGAAACAGCUAACAUUUAUUGAACAUUAAAUAUUUGAUGACAUUCCUUAUCUUUUUUUUUUUUUUUAAUCUUUAAAAUAAUUCCAUGAGUAGGUAUUGUAACCUCCGUUUGGUAAAUGAGAAAACCAGAGCUCAGUGCUGUUAAUUGUUUGCCAAGGCUCUACUGCUAAGCAAAGGGUAGAGCCAAGGUUAAAGCCAGCACCAAAGCCCAGCUUCUCUUCCUGCACUGAGCUGUCUGCCUCACAUGCUGUCUGCUAUAGGAACCUUCAAGAUUAUCAAGUAGCUUUGCUCUUAUUCUCCAUUGCUCAGUUUUCUACCUGUAUGAAAUUCCCUGUUCCUAGGGCAUAGGAAUGUUAAUCAAUAUGUGGAAAAAAAUCUUUAAAAUAUUUCAGGACAUGUUCAUAAGAAGUGCUUCUUGUGAUUGCAAUACCCAGAAUUCUCCUAUGGAGGUAUUCUGUGCCUUUCUUUUCUUUGCAGAUGUUGAACUGAAGAGUAGGAAUUCAGGGCAGCCUUGUAAUGUCAUUUGAAAAGCAAGAAAUAAUUGAUAUCACUUUCUGUGGCAUUGAGUUACUUUCAAAUAGUUUUGUAAAAAUUUAGGUUGCUUAUUAACACAGGAACUUCUCUCUCCAUCAGCACACUGAACAGCCACUGGUUUCAGAAAUAGACUGUGAACAAAUUUAAUGCAUUUAAAUGGUUUGUAGUGAAUUUUUUAAGCUUCAAAUAUUAUCUGUGGUUUGGAAUCAAGGUGGCCUACAGUCCUUUAUCCUAUUACAUAUGUCCAUAUAGCCUCAAACUCAAGAUUGUCUGUUAUCUUCUUAGCAGUAUUAUGAAAAAUAUCUUUUUAUACACUGUGGGUAGGUAUGAAAUAAAAUAGAUACCAGAACACUUUCUAUAUGACUAAAUAAACACAAAUCUAGUAGACCCUUACCCAAGAGGGCUUUAUGCCUUCGAGGUAAGCAUCAGAUAAUCUGCAUAGGCUGAUGCAACCCACCUGAAUACUAAAAGAAAAUUGGAACCAGUAGCAACACUUUUGUUAGAUGCCAAGAAGUCCUUCGUUGCAAUCAAAUGGGACUAUGUGUAUUAUGUGUUAGGUAAAUUUGGCUCUGGGAACAGAUACAACAGAUAGCAUAAUUUAUUUUUAACCCAUUUAUAUGGUUCAGAUCAAUGGUUUACAAUCUCCUCUUGCUGUCUUAUUGCUGCAUUGAGGAGGGAAGUAAGGAUGGUGCCCAUUACUGCUGUUACUCUUCAUGCUGACAUUGGAGCUAUAAUAUCACCCGGUUCUCAUGGGCAUCUGAAGGAUAUUCAGAUGGAUGUUCGCGGGUUAACGAAUGUAUGCUAAUAAUCUACUACUUGUGCUGAAAGCCCCAACAGCAUCAGUCCUGAAAACAUUAAAAGUCAUGUCAGAAUUUGGAAUGGCCCCAAGCUGUAAAGUCAAUGGGAGAGAAUCAGAAAUACUGCCUUGACAAAAUAGUUUCUAUCAAUAUUACUUUUCCUGUGACAUUAAAAUAAAAUAAAAAUUUAAAAUUAAUUGAUUUGGGGUUCUCAUUAGGAGUGAUUAAACGAUACAGUAAAAAUUUUUUUUUAAAAUUGACCUAUAAUUCAAUGCUAAGAUUUUAAAAAAUAGGUUUCACUAUAUAUAAGAAGAGAAAAAUCGUAGUGGAGAUAAUACUUCUUUAAAAUUUAAUUAACAAACUCAAAUACUAACUCUAUAGCUUUCUGUAACUUGUCACAAAUGAAGAAAGUAAUUUCCUUAGUCAUGUGAGACCAUAUAGCAUGUUGAAACCCAGUGAAAGUAUAUGCUACCUUAGAAAAAGGCCUGUUUGCCUCAUUGGAAGCUUUUUAAUGGCAUACAUCAUGACUCAAUUAAGCUUGCUAUGGCUUGUCAAAAAGAAUUUUCACUGUAUAUUGCUAAGGAAGAGCCUAUUACACACAAAUAACUGUACAACCUAGCAGAAUCAACAAAGAGACUAAAAACAUAUAGCCUAUUGAAAAUAAGAAACAGGACAAUAGCACCCAGCUUUUCCUAAUUCUGAAAAACAAGUAGGAGUAAAAUUGCAGAUGAUAGUAAGAAUGGACAAAGAGAGAUUAACAUUGGCAAAAGGAGAAAAGAGGGACUGGGCUUUUUCAGCGUAUAAUUAUCAAGUUAUAGAAAAGAGAUUCUGCAUUUGCUCAUCCAGACAAGACGUUAACAACCUUUCCAAAAUGGCCAACCUUUUUCCCCUUUUGGCAUUGCAGUAAUCAGUGGGCCGAGGGAUGGAGGAAUGAGAGGACUGCAGGACUUGUGCUGACUCAGGAAUUGAUUUUAGUAGGAGGAUUACUGUGGGCUCAUAGCUCACAGCUGCUGACUCAAGAAAAAGGAAGGAAGGGACGUGAUGGUGCCACUGGAAAUUGUUCCAUGUGAAGUUUUUAGCCAUGAGCAUAACUAGCUAUACCUUUCCACAUUGAUAGGCAUCCCUCUUGAAUUGAUCAUUAAAAAAAACAAUAUAAGUCCUGGAUUAUAACACAUUUAUUUAAAAAACACAACCAAAAACCAAACAACAACAAACCCUAUUGCCAUUGAGUCAAUUCCAACUCACA